UUUAAUACGAGCAGUUCCUGCAGUACUGAGAAGUGACUGUAGGGGGAUGAACACAAUAAAAGGAGUUGCACUAAACAAACUUUCACCAACACAGUCGCUGCCUUCACACCGCACUGUGUCCAGCAUGGCCUCCCCGGCAGCAGCUGCCCGGUCCCUCCGGCUCUCUGCGCUCUGCGCUCGGACAGCGCCGGAGCCCCGGACCGGUUCGGAGCUCCGACCCGGAGCGUCCGCACCCAGAAGAAACCUGAGCGUCCAGACGACGACUGAGGCGGGAAGGCUGAAGGGCAUCGAUGACCUGCCCGGGCCCAGUAUGUCCACCACUCUGUACUGGUUGUUUGUCAAAGGUUACGCGGAGAAGAGCCACCUCCUGCAGGGUUUACAGAGGAGUCUGUACGGACCCAUUUGGCGCUCCAGGUUCGGCCCGUUCGACCUCGUCAACGUGGCGACUCCGGAGCUCAUAGCUCAGGUGAUCCAACAGGAGGGUCGCUACCCGGUCCGGGCCGAGCUGCCGCACUGGAAGGAGUACAGGGACCUGAGGGGGCAGGCCUACGGUCUGCAUGUGGACACAGGACCAGAGUGGUACCGGAUCCGCAGCGCCCUCAACCCCAAGAUGCUGAAGCUGCGGGAGGUGUCGGCCUUCGCCUCCACCAUCCACCGCGUGGUCGGAGAUCUGCUGCGACGCGUCGAGCUCCUCCGCAGCCGGAGUCAGGACCAGGCCACGGUUCCAGAUCUGGCGUCUGAGCUCUACAGAUUUGGCUUUGAGGGCAUCUCCUCCAUCCUGUUUGAGACCAGGCUGGGCUGCCUGCAGGAGGAGAUUCCCCCGGACACGCUGCGCUUCAUCGCCGCCGUCAACAACAUGCUGACGCUGUCUGACAUGGUGGUGCUUUUCCCCCGCUGGAGCCGCAGCGUCCUCCCCUUCUGGAAACGCUUCGUUCAGGCGUGGGACGACCUCUACGACGUAGCUCAGACCCUCAUCGACAGGAGGAUGGCUGAAAUCGGAGCGCAGGUGUGCAGCGGCGAGCCGGCAGAGGGCAUGUACCUGACUUACCUGCUGUCGUCUGACAAGAUGAGCAGAGCCGAGGUCUACAUCAGCGUCACGGAGCUGCUGCUGGGAGGAGUCGACACGACGUCCAACACCUUGUCGUGGACGUUGUACCACUUGGCGCGGGACCGGCGGGCUCAGGAUCGACUGUACGGCGAGGUGAACGCCGUGUGUCCCGACGGACGGGAGCCGACCACGGACGACCUGAGCAGGAUGCCCUACCUGAAGGCCGUCAUAAAGGAGACGUUACGCCUUUAUCCCGUCGUCCCCGGAAACGGACGCUUCGUUUCAGAGAACGAGGUGAUACUGGACAACUAUUGGUUCCCAAAGAAGACUCAGUUCCAUCUGUGUCAUUACGCCGUCUGUCACGAUGAGGCAGAGUUCGUCGACGCAGAGAGCUUCAUCCCGGAGCGUUGGCUGCGCGAGACGGCCAGAGCGACGCCCGGCUUCUACCAGCACCACCCGUACAGCUUCAUCCCGUUCGGCGUCGGCGUGCGAGCCUGCGUGGGGAAGAGGGUGGCGGAGAUGGAGAUGUACUUCGCUCUGUGCAGGCUGAUGCAGCACUACCACGUCCAGCCGGAGGACGGCGCCCCGGCUGUGGAGCCGAAAACCCGAAUCCUGAUGAUCCCUUCCAAGCCCAUCAACCUGCGCUUCCUGCCCAGAGUCUGAUGAGGGCAGCGCAGGUGCUGACACUGAGACUCCUCCCCCAGGAAGCAGCCAAUCACAGCCUGACCUCAGACUAAACUGUUCUGCUCUUUUGUAAUUGUGGAGGUGUUAGAGUGAAAGACUCGAGCUGAAGUGUUUUAUCUGCAGAUAUCAGCACGAUCAAAUCACUCAUUUAAACAUCAGGUGUAAAGAGAGAUGAUGUGUGUCCACCUGCAGCGUUGGUGUUUAACACACCUGGUGUUAUUAUUGCACCAAUAACACCACAGGAUAAAUAUCACACAAGAACACAAAUUGCUGAAAAUUUGACAAUGACAAAAAGUUUUUCCCUCCUAAACUUGCUCAAGUGAUAAAUGAAUGGACUUUUAGAUCAGUAGCAAAGUAGAGAAUCUAAAAUAUUAAAUUUCUUAUGCAAACUGUUGAAUAAAAGCAGCUCUGAAGUUUUAAAGUUUUCUUUUCCUGCGCGACAGGAUUUAUUUUUAAUCUGUUCCAGAGUUUCCAAGACAAAGACGAGGAGUGGAGGUUCUGGUUCCUGCAGAGUAAUGAUGUUGGCUGGCUUCACGACACACACACACACACACACACACACACACACACACACACACACACACACACACACACACACAUUCUCAGCCUUUUUUAUUUGAUUGUUGAACUUUGAACUUAAAUAAGUAAAUAAUCAUAUUUACUGCAAUGUUUGUAGAGUAAGCAGCUGCAUACAGUGUGUGUGUGUGUGCGUGUGUGUGUGUGUGUGUGUGCAUGUGUAUGUGUGUAGGUGUGUGUGUGUGUGUGUCCCUGCACAUGUAGAUGAGAACUUGCUGACUCCAUGCACCUUGCACAAACAUGUUUUUUUACCACUUUGUGAUUUCACAAACCCAUGUGAUCCGUCUGAGGUGACAGCUGUGGUUUCCAGGGUGUCGAGAGGACGCAGGGUCCACACUGCCCCCCUCUGACAGUGAGGUGGAACUGCAGCCUCUCUUUAACUUUUAAUCACUUUAAUAAGGAGACAUUUUUCUGCUUUUAUUCACUUUUAUUCAAAACACGUCACGUUCAGCAGAAAGUUUCUGUUUCACAUUAAACACAAAAUGUAGUUUUAAGGAGGAGGGAAGGAAAGGAAGGCAGAACCAGGAAACAGGAAGGACACGACUCAGGGCGGGAAAGUGUUUACAUGCUGAACUGGAAUCAGUGGAAAAGUUGAACCAGCAGCUAAAACUGAAAACAUCUGUCAUUAACACAAAACGGUGAUUUAACUUUAAGCUUUUGCUUCUUUAAGUUACAAAAAAAACAACCUGUAAAAUAUGUUUCUCCUCGUGUUCGUAACAAAGUGUGACUGAAAAAUUUGAUAAAUCUCUUUAAUGUUCCUGCGGAUGUUGUUUUUCUAACAAUGUGAAUUCAAAUUUUCUACAAUAUAUGUUAGUAUGUAAUGCAGCUCUUGAUAUGUUUAAUGCUGAACAAAUAUAAAUAUAAAUAAAUACAAAUAAAUGAAUAUAAAUGUA